CUCUCAUACUGCCUCAUGGUGAGAGUCAUAUAUAGAACAUACCACACUGUCAGGCAAAGAUACUGCGUACUAACAGGGUAGCCUAGGCGCAGUGACUGAGGCAACUGUGGACAAAAUGAAUGACACCACUGCAGAGCCUACUUACUCCUAUCCACCUCGUCCAGCAAGGGCAUCCUUCAAUAUUACACGCGAGUUGCACGUUGCAUGCUUACUGGAUGAUAUUGAGCGAGUCGUUGAAUUACUUGCGAUGGGAGCAGAUCGCGAUGCCCUUAGCUACGCUGAUUAUUCUGCGCUUGAUGUCGCUGACUUGUUGAACCGAGUAAGUGUUGUCAAAUGUCUGUUGGCACAAGUGAAUAUCCAAGAGACCGGAAUGCUAGAGCUCAUGUACGCUAUCCGUCAGGGUAGAUCGACUGUUGUACGAGCUCUGCUAGAGAUGGGUCUUAAUGACCAGCUUCAGGACGAGGCGCUGUUCCGUGGCGUUUUCCUCAUGGCGUGCUAUAUUGGAACGACUUUUGUCGUCAAUGCUCUGGUCAAAUAUGGCCCGGGUCUUUUUAUCUCUCCUUUCGAGGAUAUGUUUGUUCAUGUUGCCAUGUUUCUGAACAAUACCGAAGUAGCUGAUACAAUUCGCGAUAUUGCUGACAUUGAACGCCGCAAGAUGUUCAGAGAUGUCGAGGCAUAUAUGCUUCCAAAUUCUUACUUGGAGGUGACUGAGGACACUGACAAGGUCUUUUCUGAUUUUUUGAAUGACCCUAACUCACCUAACUUUGAUGCAUCGCCUGAGCACGAUGAGCAGCUGUUGAUCGAUUCGUGGCUUUGA